AUGCUCUCGAUCCUGAGAAAGGCUCGCCUCAAGGAUAAGGAGCUAAGAAUUUUGAUGCUUGGCCUGGACAAUGCUGGCAAGACGACGAUCGUUAAGCAGGUUAUGAACGAGGACGUCACCACAGUGAGUCCUACCUUAGGUUUUAUCAUCAAAACUAUAGAUUUUCAAGGAUAUCGACUGAAUAUUUGGGACGUGGGAGGGCAAAAAACUCUUCGAUCGUACUGGAAAAACUAUUUCGAAAAAACCGAUACAUUGGUCUGGGUUGUGGAUGCGACGGACCGUCUAAGAGUCGACGACUGUCGCGAUGAGCUUGCUGGGCUCCUCCUGGAGGAUGUACGCUUUGCUAGCCCCACCCGAUGA